AGCCCUUUAAUUUAAAUGUAAAAAACAUCACCAUUCCUCCUCCGCAAGACACUAUUCCCGCCAGCGCAAAACGGCGGUCAUUCACUCUCACCGUCUCCAUCUUCACACUAGGGUUUACAGAAUUUCCCAAUCAUUCCAUUAAUCUCUCAAAUCUCUGUCUCCAUCUCCAUUCUAGGGUUUAAACAAUGGCAACAUUGAAAAUAAUUUCAGCAGCAUUGAAUCUCAUCGACACAAAGAAAGAAAAUCUCAAAACCGCAUUCGAAAAUCUCCAAUCUCACUCUUCAUUCCAUCAUUCACUUCCUCUUUCAUGGCUUGAACUCGAUUCCCACUUCACCACUCUCCAAAAAUCCCUUAAUAACCGCUUUGAAAUCCUACAAUCACUGGAACACUCGCAUUCUCAAUCCCAAUCCAAAACCCUAAUUUCCAACCCCAAAGACGAGAACUUUUCUGUAAACCCUACCUACCCGUCGUCGAGCAGGAACAAAUUGAGAGUUUUGUGUGAGAAGGUUGAUGGUAUAGGGUUGAGGAAUUACAUUCUGGAUAAUUUUAAGGAUAGAAUUAGGAUUCAGGCGGAACUUAUCGAGGAGUUUCAGCAUGCUCCAGAUGCGGGGGAGAUGGUUUUGCAAUCAUUGGAAGGGUUUUAUGUGUUGAAUGGUAAAUUUAAUGAUAAGGGAUUGAGUAGGAUGGGGAGGAUUUGCAAUACGUUGUUGAAGCUUUUGGGUGUUGCUGGUGUGAAUGUGAGUUCUAAGGUUAAGGAGAAAGCGUUGAAGGUGGCUUUGGAAUGGAAAGCGAGGAUGAGGGAUGAUUAUGGUAACAUUGUGGGGGCUUUGGGGUUUUUAUAUUUGGUUUAUGGAUUUGGUAUUCUUUCUGAAUUCAGUAUGGAUGAGCUUGUUGAAUAUGCUGCCAGGGCUGCCGUUAAUGGAGAGUUCAUGAAGCUUUGUCGGGAUAUUGGAAUGACAGAUAGAGUUCCUGAAAUUGUUCAGAAUCUUGUUGAUAGAGGCAAACAUGUUCAAGCUGUCAAGUAUGUUUUUGAGUUUAAUCUUGCUCAUAAGAUUCCACCUGUUCCUAUUUUGAAAGCUGGUGUGGAAGAAGCUAAGCAACUUUCUGGAAGACUUUCCGAGGAAGGAAAGCCAAGGAGGGAAAUUAUUAGUAGAGAACUUCAUACACUGAAAUCAAUAAUUGCGGUUAUUGAGAAUCAUAAGCUUGAAUCUGAAUACCCACGAGCUAGCCUUGACCAGCGUAUAAAGCAAAUGAAGGGGCAUGAUGCAAAUAUGAAAGACAGAACACCAGCUUCUAUUCUAAAUCAGCAUCCACUGCAACAACAACGAAAGAGAAGUAUGGAGCAGCAGCAGCAAAAUGAGAGCAAGCUUCCUCGAACAUCCACUUCAGUUGGUCCAGCAGCUGUCCUCAAGAAUAUAACUGGCGACAAUUCAACAAUAUGCCAGUACCAGCAACCUCCUGUUAAUCCCUCAGGUUUGUUUCCAGAACAUGCAUAUCCAUACAUGAGCUCGCCAGCUAUGCCACCUGGCAUGAUGGGCCCUAGCCUAACCAGGCCUUCUUACCCAGGUCCUUCAGCCGGGACUUAUGGUUUUGCUGGAAUUCCCAUAGGUCCCAACCUAGGUGGUUCUCAUAUGAUACACUCAUCAGAGCCACAUAUGCCAUCUGCUUAUGGUGGUAUUAAUCUGCGAUAUCAUCACCAAAAACCUUAUUAUCCUCAGUAGAUCAAUAAAUUGCUUCUCUUGCUAGUACUAAACUCAUGCGCUGGUAUUCUAGCGUCUCCCUUAACUUCCACCUUGGGUGUUUGGUUUUUAAGAGUGUAGUUUGCUGCUUUGCUACAUUGACCAUGAUUGUAUGGUAGAAAUUGGAUUCAGUAAUUGUGAAUUGUGAAGGAAUGCUUAGUUUCACAAUUUUAUUUAUUCAAGCAGAGGGAUUUUUAAAAUCUGUUACAUCCUGAGGUGCAAAAACCUCAAAAGUUAAAUCUUCUUUCCAUCUUCCUUGAUUUCCAUCAAUAAAUUAUUUGUUAUGUUAUUUAUAUAAGGCUCAACUUGAGUGUUUCCUAUGCAUAUGUAAAAGAAUGAUUUUUUAGUUAUAAAAUCACUUUUAGAUGUUA